ACACACACACACACAAAAAAGAGCAGCUGUAGGAAGCUUGCAGACUCACAUGUUUUUCAGCGUCUGUGAUGUGGGUUUCUCACUGUGCUGACUUUCCCAGCAUCAUAUAAUGUGCACUGUUCACCUUUACUAUUACUGCACAUGUAGUUGGGCAUGAGCAGCUGCCAUCAGUAGAGUUGUAAUCAUUCCACGACAAUGGUACACAAUAAGACAUUCAGCUGGUGCAAUGUGGGGGUAGCUCAGGUGGCAGCAAUGAGACAGGAGCAGGUCAGCAGGAGGCUGCAAGUAAGGAAGUCAGUCACUCAUUCAGUACACUUGAUAGCAAAAAUGCACUUGUCCUGUUGUAGUGAGGGAGAACUAGUAAGAUGUUGACUUGUGUAAUAAUAGUAUUGCAGUUUUCACACAUUUGUCAUGGUGGAGGUACUAGUAGUGUUCAGUCUACAUUUUUAAAGCCACCACACUGGCCUGCUUAUUUCUAGAGAUUGCAUACCUGUGUUUUCCCCAUUUGUAUAGUUUGAUUCCCAUGUUUGUUCUGAUAAUUUUUUGCAGAUUUUUGCAUCAUCGUCAGUGCUAAACAGUUUUUAUUCUUACUUCAUAGCUCUAUUGAUUUUUCUUCUAUCUCCACUCACUUCAUAAUGUUGGCUCAGGGACCAAAAUAUAUGACAGUUGUUUGCUGGACCGCCACCCCUUCAACCUAAUGCUCUGCACACUGAUCUUGUGCUCUUGAAUUGUUCAUGAAGCCAUCAUACAACUCACAGCUACAGUGAGCAAAGGAAAGGUGUUCCAAGCCAAGCUGUCUCAGUGUUUAGAUCAAAGACUAACUCUUUAUGCAACCUCAUUCAGAUCCAGAUAGACUUGUGAUUCAUACAACUUGUGGUCAAGUUCAAGUACCUGCACGUCUUGUCUUUUUGAUGUUGGGCCUUCAAGCAAGGGUGUGCCAGCAGGUUUGCAAGUACCUAAAGUGUUGCAGGAUGUUACUACAAUAUUUAAAUGGCAAUGUUUUAAUUUGAGAGUAAUAUAAUUGUGGUUGUAGUUAGUCUUCUGUUUUGCAAAGCAAUUUGAAAUUUUUAGUAAUUUACAUACUUAAAUAUUGUGCACUGUGUGUUCUCUGUGUCAUAGUAUUUCCAGUACCUUUCAUAAAGGUUCUGUAUGGUGAAAGUAAUAACUAGGAUAAGCUGGAUCCCAUUUACUAGAGACAGAGGAAGUUUUGGUUGUGUUCAAGGCAGUGAGACAGAUGUGUUGUUGUGCUUUUAUGUUUAGAAUCUCAGUGUAGAGGACCAAGGUGGUGUCUACUGCACUUAACAGAAGAGGCACUGUCUCUUUGGAAAAAAAAAAAGUGUCCAAACUCUCUAGUUAUUAUAUAUUUUUGUUGUGGUAAUGAGAGAGAGCUACCUGACAUAUUAUCUAGUGUAGGAUGUGUAAGCCAAGGCAUUUUAUCUUGAUUACCUAAUAUGACACAACCAGUUGCAGAUUGCAUGUGAUUGUGUUAAGAUUUUGAAAAUUGCCAUUGUCUGCUGGGCAAUAAUUAACCUUUCUGGACUGAUAAUUUUGACUGAUUUGAAUCUCAUUAAUCCAUGGCCCUCAUUAUAUGACAAUCACCUCUUUAGUUGUAUUUAUUUCUUCUACUUUCUUACUGAACUUUUUCCAAGUUUUAAAAAAUUCACAAAACAUUAUAAUUUUGACUUAUUACUUUGCUUAGAGUUCAAAAUGUGUUAGGAACAGGCAUGCAAUAUUGGUAGGAUACAUACAGACAACACUGAGGUGUUCUGGUAGGCUUGGGAUUGUCGUGCUUGUGUGACAGCCCCACGAGUGUAGUCAUCCACCACCACCCAGUGAGCGAGGCGGCCACACACAGACCAGCUGAUAUAGUCACGCAGAGUAGCAAGGUGAACACCAUAUUCCUCACCUCAUAAUGUGCUUGUUGGGAAUAGAUUCACAGAAACAAGUUGAAAGUCUUGAAGUGUAAUUUAUACAUUUUUUACAUUUCCAGCCAUGAUUACUUUACAAGUUGAAUUGCCAAGUCUUAGUUUUUAUUACCGACUUUUCACAAGUUUUCUUGCGAUGAGCGAACUUAAUGUAUGUUAGCCAUGUUUGAUACUGGUGAUCAGAUUUUUAGCUAGUGAGUGAUGUUUGUCUUAUGUAUUUCUGUAUUAUUCUGGUCUGCUAAAUGUUAACAUCUGCCUACACGUGUUGUUUCCUGCACACUGGUGGCCGGCGUACAGUUCCUUCAGCAAGUUUUUACACAUUUUUGUACUUUGGCAAGUCUGGAGAGAUUCACAUGCAUUCUCACACAGACACUCAGACACACACACACACACACACACACACACACACACACACACACACACACACACACACACACACACAGACACACACACACAGACACACACACACACAGACACUAUUCAUUGCACAUUAAUAUACAAGCAUGUACAUAACAAAACAGCAGCCAGUCUCAUUUUUAAAAGUUUUCAUGUCAGACUAACUAACCCACCUCAAUACUUUACCAGCCCUUUCAUCCACAGUGAGUAGAAUCAUAGACAAGGUACAAAACGUAACACUGGCUAACUUUGAACCUUCCUCCCCAUGUCCCCUCACAACUCCUCCUCCCGUCAGCAUCACUGCUUGGACAUUGUCUGUAUUACUGUUAUGCUCACGGGUCUUGUCCCCAGUACAUCAUUUUCUUGGUGCUCAAAGUUGCCAGUCAUGUUACACUUCCAGUAUUAUCUACCACUUGUUCCAUCUCUUGCCACCUCUGUCUGUUUUUUAUCAUGGUAUGCAUCCAUCUCAUUAUUAUCAGUGUGGUGUUUUAAAAAAAAAGAAGAGUGUUUUAUUCCUUGAACUUUUACCAUGUUAUGUCUCAACAAGGCUAAAUCUAUUCACUCUUUGCUACUUGUCCCUCUCCUGCCUGUAUGUCUUGGGCUCUCUUGCCUUUGUGUCAUCUGCAGCAAAUGUAUUAUUUACUCUUUCAGUAGGAAUAUAUCCCCAAAGUUAAGAUGUGUAAGAAUAUACAAGUUUCUUUCAAGGUGUAUUGUAAUUCAGAUUUGUAAAAUCAGUCACCACUGUUAUUUGUUUCAUAGGUGUGCAUACUUUGCUUUGCAGAGUUAGUGGAAUUACUUUUCAAAGCCAGAUUUUAAUAUUAUGAAACUAUUUUGAUUGAUACAGAUACGAAAGGUGUAAGUAAUGAGGCAAUGUAUGAGAUGUUCAUCCUUUAUCAGAUUCUGUUUGUAUUUCUUCUCUCUGGUUUAAGAAUUUUGUGUUAGUCAUUAUUUCAGGCAGUGUUCCUCCAGAUUGCAACAUGAAAACAAAUGUAUGUGAUGAGGAUCAGAGCAAGUGAUUGCUUUUUCUUGGAUGGUGAAUGGCAUUGUUCUGUGUCUUAGGUGGUGAAUAGCAUUGCUUUGUUGCUUGGAUCUGAACCACCAGCAUUGGCCAGCCACUACCACCACCAGCACCACCACCUCCUCCCAUCUUACUAUCACCAUGUACAUUGUUGUGAAGGAGCCAGCCAGGGGUGAUGUUUAUGUUUACUUUUACUUUUAAAUUUAUUGUUAAUUUACAUACAAAUUUGAAGUUCAGCAUAGGGUGAUUUUAUAAAUAACUUAAAAUAAUGAUCAAAGGAAAGUCCAGCAAACAGUACAGUAUUUUUUAAUUAUGAGUGUGUGAGUGUUCAUGAAUGUAUGCAUGUAAGUGUGUGUGGGUUUUAAACCUGUCUAUGCAUUUAUCUUUGUUUUUAGUAAUUAUUGAUAGCAUGAAUCUUCAAUGAUAUUUUGUGCUUUAAAUUGCUAAGUACAGUAGUUAUCUUUGUAAAAAAAUUUCUUCACUUAUUUAUUGAAAGCUCAAGAGGAGUUAGGAUGGGAGUGUUUCUGUCAUGUUUUGUUCUCUUUUAAGGUCUCAAAAUGAAAAGGCCCCAAGUUAAUAGGUUGUGUUAAAUUUAGCUUGAGUGUUUCGGGUUGCAGCUCUGCCGUAUUGGUAUCAGUUUCCUCAGGUAUUUAUUUAUAAUUUAGUGUUGCACUGCUGACUCCCCCACCACUGUCUGAAUGAAGCCAGCAUGCCUCCCCUUGUACAGUGAUGCCCCCCAUUGAAUUUAUUUAUGCCUUGAUCAUUCACUACUUCAUGAAUCUGUAAUAUAUACUUUUUUUAGCUUUUUUAAGCUUUUUUUAAGCAGAGAGGUUCAUGGUGUGGAGCAAGGUUAUUUUUUGUUUAAGCAGAUUACUUGAGAAGGGUUUGAGCUGGCUCCUAUUAUUAUAUCCAUAUAUCUACGUAUAUCAAGGUAUGCGACACACACACACAUUUUUUACCUUUUCAGUUGUCAGCAACCUAAGUCUGUUUCUUUAUUCCUUAUCUGACAAUUAUUGUUUGUUAUCAGUACUCAUUGCCUUUGUGAAUAAUCAAAGUGUAUACGACAACACUUUUGAAAGCAAGUUCAAAUUGUCCAGUUUUUUCUCACAGUGCACCAGACAAGCCUGUUUUGUUGUUAGUAGCAGAUUGUACACAUGUGUUCCAAAGGGGACCUGAUCCCUGACCCCUCUCUCUCUCCCUCCCUGCUGAGUGGGGUCAGGGGGUAGUAGGGUGUAGGAUGCCUCAGGACACACUACUCCCCACUACCUCUGCCUUCCCCUCCCCCUUCUACUCCCCAUUACCUUGGAUGUCCUUUCUGGGCACAUUUUGUCCUCACACCAGGUACAAAAUUUUCCCAGCAUGUAGGAAAGAAGCAAUCAGCAGGUGUGUCUCUGUGUCGUCCUUGUGGUCUGAACGCACUGUGACAUGUUUGAUGUUGACAUACUGGGGAAAUUAUUGUUGUUAACCUGUAAGCAGUGGACUCGCCUGUCUCCUCCUUGCCCUCAAAACAUCACCAGCAUGGCAAUUGUAUUGUUUUGUAUUCCAAAGGAGAAAUACUUAAUAGUCUAUUUAUGGAUAUACAUCUCGUCAUUUUCCGACAACCACGACUUUUUGAAAAUGUUAAAAUUUGUUGUAAGGAGAUAAAAAAAUGCCUAAAAAAAUAUGAUAAUGACUAAUUGUACAUUACAGCCAUAGAAUAUUCCUCAUCACCAUCUGUGUUCAACAAAUGCAGUGCAGGGGUUCUGAGCAGGGGAGAAGUGACUGGCCCUGGCCAUAUGGAUGGAGAGUAUUGCAGUAUAUCAUUGAUUCUGGACUGGUUCUCCUGCCCUUGUGUCACUUCUCCUAUUCCCCAGAACCACUGCCUUUGCAAUUUUUGGAAGAAGAGAGAGUUCAUCCUUCUGUCCUUUGCCUGUAUCUUGGUUCAUGUCUGAUUGGCAGGCCACUCUGUACGUAUUAGUGAUGCUGCUUCUAACACUCCUUCUUUUGCUACCAUCACCACCAUUACUCCUACUACUGCUACUGCUACUAUUACUGUUACUGCUACUGCUACUACUACUGCUACUAUUACUACUUCCUUGCUUUUUCUUACUUCUCAGCCUUAUUUAUCUUAGCAUUUUUCCUUCUCUAAGCUUGCAUACAGUAAGCAAAAAGAGUCCUUUCUUGUAAGUAGCAGAAAAGAGAGGAAAAGUAACUGUUCCUCCUCCUCCUCCUCCUCCUCGUUUUUCUGAACGUACGGUCUGUCAUAACUGAGUAGCAAUCUGUGACUAUAUAUUGCUUGUAAUAAUGUACAAUUUCGUGUUGUUGAGUACUUUUGACAUACAUAUUAUAAUCUACUCUUACUACAAUCACUUAAGGGCAGGAGAAGCGAGUGUAUUUGUUUGUGUGUGUGUGUGAGAUAGUGAAUGAGAGAAAUGAUGCAGUACCUUUUCUUCUAUCCUUUCUCCGUUAUUGGUAUUAGUUUUGUCAGUACUGCCUGUAAGCCUCUCAGUCCUCGGCAGCGUCCUUAUGUAUGUCUGUCUCGUGUCUCUUAUUUUUAAUGCAGUUAUUAUAUAUUUUCUCUUUCCGUCUCGUUUGAGUGGAAGACAAAGCGAGGCGGGAGUGGAAUGUGUGGCCCGGGGACUGUGAGGUUUGCCCUUUCCUUCGUUCUUCCUCCAAUGUCCUGCUACUCCUCUAUCUUAUGGGUUUUCAGGUGACUUGGAGAGACUUCAGGUAUUCCCUCACUCAUUACCUAUUUUGUGGGACGAACAUGUUUUUAUCAGCAACCCGCCUGACACCUAACCAAAAUGACCUUCCUCCUCCCCCUCUCCCCCAAACUGUCAGUACCUUUACUACGAAAAGGAACAAAAAAUGCGAUGUGUAAGAAUAUAAAAAAAAUAUAAAAAAUCAAGAAAAAAUAUAGAAAUAAUUGUAUUAAAUGCUCAGAAACCAAUCUCAUUAACAGUGUGUAUGGUUGUAAAUUAUUGUAAAUGAAUUAAAUAAUUUAUAAAAUAAACUGAUUCUCAUUUCUGUGGAAGUUUUAUUGAUAAUGUAUAUUGUAUUGACAUUUGGUUUGGACUAUGUACAAACUGCUCCCUACUUGAUGAAGCAGUUUUCCUGCCCAUGAUGCUUAACAAAAGAGUGUAAUUUUUUUCUUCCUUUUGUUUGUUUUCCCUAUUCUAUUGCUUUGCUUAUGCUUCUGAUAGAUUCUGGGAACUCGUAUUUUAGAAGGAUUUUAGAACAUUUUCAAAGGCUAGAGAGAUAUUAAAUGGGUUCUGAUUAAUGUUUUUCCACAUGAUACGUAAUCUUUACCAAACUACCAUUAUAAUUGUGAAAACAAUCUUGAAAACUUCAAUACCUUCUUUUCCCCCGACAGAUAGUAUGAAAUCAUCGCUAAACUACCAGCAUAAACAUAGGAACACCCUUGAGAACUUCCAAUGAAGCCUAUUGAAAGUUGAGAUGUGGCUCUGAAACAUGUGGCAGAGUGCUACAGUGACUGUUCCACUGUCCCACAGUCCCAGCAACACAGGGGCCAGCGGGAAACAGUUUGUGUCGGAGCAAACUGAGGCUAACUAAACUUCUGCGAGGACUGAAUAUACGCGUUGACGGUCGAUAUUGGAGACGUGGAAGUACUUCACACUGACAGCCAUGGGGGAAUGAUUGCGAGUGAUUAGAAAUAUUCAUUCCCUCUUGUUAGUAGAUUUGUAGUACGCGAAAAUUUAAUUCGUGGAAAAAAAAAAUGGAUGUCGGUAUCAUUGAGCAGAGCGCGCCGCGGAGUUACCAGCUGGCAGCUUAAUGUUUUCUGCGCCGAGGGAGUAGUGUGGGCCGGGUGGCUUAUUCUUUUUAAGUUCGUUUCUUUGAAGCUCGCCAGAGUAAUCCUCGCGCCAUCCUCACGCUACCCAGGUCUUUGUCUCCGGCCACAGGGAAACUUAAGGAAGAGCUGAACGUGUGUACUCCCUCGACAGUCCACCGCCAGAUUUGCUCCUAUCAGCGAGGCAUAAUGAAAGGAUUUGCAAGUUUCGGAGAGUUUGGAAGGGAAGGAGGCUGCAUUAAGACAUGGUGCUUUGUUUACUACGUCUGUCUCGAAGCUUCAUUCACGGCUUCGAAACAUAUGAGUGUGACAUGGAAGGUGGUCAGCGCACCUCGCCAGGCUGAACACAGGCGAGGACAAGGUUGCUCCAAGGACAGACAGAUGACAGACAGCUUGCCGGGCGGACCCACCACCACCACCACGCUGCGAGGAGUCUGGAAACCUACGUUCAUCGAGACGAGACUCAAGGUGUCAAGAGAUGAGAGGAAGCACAACUAAUUGACAGUACCUGGAACAAAGGUGCUUAACAACCCCUACAGCCCCGCAACAACCCUGGCAACCGCUGUAACAAGUGUCCAUCCUUCUUAGAAACGUGUACCCUCAGACAUAUCACUCCCAGUAUCAGAGAAUAUAGCGUUUAUUCUCCAAGUUUGAUAGUCAGUUCAGUAUCGUUCCUUUGAUCUCUAAAUGUGAUUCUCUCCAUUGGUUUCUGAAUCGAGGCUUUCACUUUCACGUUUUCCUUGCCUUCCAACUUUUCAUUGUUCAUGUUCCCGUUACUCGAAGUCGUCUCAUAGAUCAGAUACCUGGAAGCCUUGUAUCGUGUCUUUCUGGCCUUCUUGGUAUCUUAUUGUUUUGUGCUUCUCUGUCUUCAGCAUCUGGAACUUUUGCAAUCUUAGUGUCUCUUUCCAUCAGUUUAUACUCUUAUUCCGAUAUUACCUUGUACUUGACCUCUCCUUUUCCGUAAAUCAUUCUUUCUCUUUAUUCCAAGUACGUUAGUGAGCACUCUAGCCAUCCUAGUACCUAAUACUUCACCACUCAACAAGUUAACUUCUAUUUCCUAUUUCAACACACCCUAGACACCUUAGAAAAGCCACGCAACACCAGGCAAUUCCCCUCAACACCACAGUAUACCAGCCAAAUUUCCCAGUACCGUCCCAAAACCAGUACGACCCUGUCCCACUCACUCAACGUCCCGUGUACCUCCUCUGCCUCCUCCGGCAUGACUGACCACGAGCACAGAAUCCGACUGGUGCUCUUAGGCGGCGCUGGUGUGGGCAAGAGCUCCAUCAUCAGUCGCUUCCUCUACAACAAGUACACGGACAAGUACAAGAGCACGGUGGAGGAUUUGUACAACCGAGACUACGAGAUCGGACGCAUUACUCUCAAGGUGGAUAUUCUGGACACCGCUGGCGAUUUUCAGUUCCCGGCAAUGAGGCGUUUGUCGAUCGCUAACGCUCACGCCUUUCUCAUAGUCUACUCCAUCGACCAAGCGCAUUCCUUCGACACAGUGCGGCAAGUUAUCGGCGAGAUCAAGGAGCAGAGGACGGACUUUGAGGAGAUUCCCAUUGUGAUUGCCGGGAACAAGAUGGACCUGGAGAUCGAGCGGCAGGUGUUCAAGGAGGAUGUCACUGACUGGAUUUACCGCGAGCUCCAGAGGUUCAGGUGCCGCGUCAUUGAGUGUUCGGCGAAGGAGAACCUGCACAUCAAGGAGAUCUUCAGGACAUUUCUUCAGAUCGGCAAGGUUCCGCAAGGGGAGGACUCGAGUCUCAAGCGGCAGUCGUCAGCGUACAGCAAAACACGAUCUACUUACCGAUCACAGACGCCGCCGAGUGACCGCGAGCCGAUCCCUGAGAACGGAGGCGCCACGGGAUCCACGCCGCCUUCUGCCUUCUCCAGGAACAAGCCUCGAAGUCGCUCCCUCAUCCGCCGGUCGUCGAAGAAAGCCAAACAACAAGUGAGGGACGCGCAGCCAGACGAGUGCAGCCUAUCUUAACCCUCUCAGGCCGACAAUGGAGUGCUCUAGCAGCGAGGAGUGCCGCUGUGGAGGUCUUCCCUGGGGGCGUGGCUUCAUUAGGGCCACCAUGCACCGAGGGACAGGCCAUGCUAGGCAAAGAUGGUUUGGGUUGGCAAGGGAACGAGUGAGAGCUUUUUUUGGUGAGGUUUUGGCUGAAAGGUUGGAUUAAAAUGAAUUGGGGUUUUGGAUAAGAGGUAAUAAAUGAGGUUCUAGGCAAAGGAAAGGACCGAGAGAGAUUUUGACAUGAGAAAACAGAGAGGAAGAGGUUUUUGUGGAAAGAGAUAUGACCUGAUGUUAGCAAGAGAAGGAACGAAGGUUAUGAUAUAGAGGAAGAAAUGAGGUUUGUGGACAAGAGAAACAAGAGAUAUUUCAGACGAAAAGAAGGAAGGUUUUGAACGAAGAAACUGGGAGAUAUUGGACGAAGGAAAGGAAAACCGGAGGAAAGAAAACGGAGAUGGGAGAUUGAGCUUGUGGUAAGGAGGAGUGACUGAUGUUGGUUAAGUUGUUGUUGUUGUUGAUCAGUGGCUGUGGCUCUUGUCUCUUGUGAGAAUGUGGUGAAGUGUUACUUUCAUUUUGUCUUGCUUUAAUAAGAAGAACAUUUGGGCUUUCACGGGCCAAGAGAGACUGAAAGAAAGAGGGAUAAUGCAUCUCUCUCUCUCUCUCUCUCUCUCUCUCUCUCUCUCUCUCUCUCUCUCUCUCUCUCUCUCUCUCUCU